CUAAAAUAAAAAUCUUGAUUCCACCGGUGAUAUUCCUGGUCUCGUUCCGUUACUUUCAACUCUCCGUCCAAACGCACCGUUUAGCUUAAUUCUUCUAAUCUUAUCGUUUGUUUCCUGAGAAAAUACGAUUCGGUAAGUAGAAGAAGAUCCGCGAGAAUCGCUAAGGAGUUCUCUCAACAAAGUCUAGAACUUUACACUCGCUUUCUGCUUUCUUUUCAAUUUUUAGUAGGAUUACAUCUUCGGUCAUCCCUUUCCAGGUUCUCUUAGGUUCAUUGAAACCCAAGUGCUCCCUUUGAUUGCUGAAGUUAUUGUUAAAUCAUAGCUACCAUGAAAGCUCGCUCAAGAAGAUUUUUGAACUCUGCAUCUCUGUUAAUUGUAUUUUUCUUCAUGGUUAUGAUUCAUAUUGUUCUUGUCGGAGCAAAUAUAUCAGAUAACCUAACAGCCCGAGAGCUUAGAGGAAGCUUGCAGUUGUAUGAUUGUCCUCAAUGUAUCGGCAGAAAGGAACAAGUUCUCAUAAAAUCUGCUGUUGCAGUCACCAACCAUCCAGAUGAACAGAACAUCGACAUAAUCGUGGCAUACAGUGACACUUCUGGUGCCAUUCGAAUUAGGACUGUGAAGUCUAGAGACCUAUCUGCUUCCUGGGUCUGGAAAAGUCCUAUUGAUAAAAAACAUGGCCAGACACACAGUUCCCAGGCACUAGACGAUCCAUCUCAAGUGGAAAUGAGAUUGGAAGACGAUUCUGAGCAUUCCACUGAUGAAGAUCAAUCUGAAAGUGAAAUACCAAAACUACAGAUGUCUCUGAUGAAUCCAGUGAAGCUCAAGCGCCGGAUGUUACGACAGGAGAGGAGGAAUCUCCGCACUGCGGAGCUAAUCAGACAAGACAAAGAGAUUGACAACCAGAUGCAAGCAGCUGCCAUUGAACGGGCUAAAGAGCUUGACACCACUAUCAAGGGAAAGUUCAGUAUUUGGAGGCGAGAGUAUGAAAAUCCAAAUUCUGAUUCUACCUUGAGACUCAUGCGCGAUCAGAUCAUAAUGGCAAGAGCUUAUGCUAGUGUUGCAAAAGCUAAAAAUGAAACUAGUCUAUACGAUACUCUUAUAAAACAUUCAAGAGAAAGUCAACGCGCCAUUGGAGAUGCUUCACUUGAUGCUGAGCUUCAGCCAAGUGCACUUGCUCUAGCAAAAGCGAUGGGUCGCAUUCUGUCUAUAGCCAAGGAUGAACUAUACGACUGUCUUACAGUAGCAAGGAAGCUAAGGGCGAUGCUUCAAUCUACAGAAGUGAAUGUAAAUUCACUGAGGAAAAAGAGUGCAUUCUUAAUUCAGCUAGCUGCAAAAACGGUCCCUAAACGAUUGCAUUGCCUUCCUUUACAGCUUACAACAGACUAUUUCCUUCAGGGUUAUGAAAACAAGGAGUUUCCUAACAGAGAUAAACUUGAAGAUCCUUCUCUCUUCCAUUAUGCCAUUUUUUCUGAUAAUGUACUUGCAACAUCUGUUGUUGUGAGAUCUACAGUGUUACAUGCGAAGGAACCCGAAAAGCAUGUAUUCCAUGUCGUAACAGAUAAAUUGAAUUUUGCAGCAAUGAAAAUGUGGUUUCUUGUCAAUCCUCCUGCCAGUGCGGCUAUCCAAGUCGAGAACGUUGAUGAUUUCACAUGGCUCAAUUCAUCUUACUGUCCUGUUCUACGUCAACUUGAGUCUGCUCGAAUCAAAGAAUAUUAUUUUAAGGCACAUCAAGCUUCUUCACUUUCUGAUGGGUCUGACAAUCUUAAAUAUAGAAACCCAAAAUAUUUGUCCAUGCUGAAUCAUCUUAGAUUCUACCUUCCUGAGGUUUACCCAAAGCUAGAUAAAAUCCUGUUUUUGGAUGAUGAUAUUGUAGUUCAGAAGGAUCUAACACCUCUUUGGUCUAUUGAUCUGCAAGGGAUGGUCAAUGGUGCAGUUGAGACCUGCAAGCAUAGUUUUCAUAGGUUUGAUAAGUACCUGAACUUUUCUAAUCCAAAGAUCUCCCAGAACUUCGAUCCAAAUGCUUGUGGUUGGGCGUUUGGCAUGAAUAUUUUUGAUUUGAAGGAGUGGAAGAAGCGAGACAUUACUGGAAUAUAUCAUCGCUGGCAAGACAUGAAUGAAGAUAGAACACUUUGGAAACUUGGCACGUUACCUCCAGGACUUAUAACUUUUUAUAAUCUGACACAUCCAUUGGAUCGGAGCUGGCAUGUGCUUGGCCUUGGCUAUGAUCCAGCCCUUAACCAAACAGAAAUAGAGAAUGCUGCUGUCGUCCAUUAUAAUGGAAACUACAAGCCAUGGUUGGAUCUAGCUAUCAGCAAGUACAAGUCAUAUUGGUCUAAAUAUGUAAUGUUUGAUUCUUAUCUUCAACUCUGCAACAUCAAUGAAUAAUGGUUUCAUAAUUUUAUAAAGUUUACUUUCUCUCUCA